AUUUUAUUCCAUGUUGGCUUGAAACCUCACAGCAGUUCAGGAACUCUUUUUCCAUAGAUCUUUCAACUCCUGUUCUGUUCAUCAGUCGUGUAUGAAGCUGGCAGCAUGAGGCAGCGAACAGUGGUGAUGUAUGUGGAGAUCGGGUGCUUUUUGUCAUGUUUAAGUGGCUGGAUUUUGAUCUGUUCCACUCUGGCCACUGAGUACUGGACCUUCUCGGAGGUCAGCUCUGUGGUUCUGACCACCGGUAAUUACUAUUCUAACCUCUGGAUGGACUGUGUCUCAGACACCACAGGAGUAUCUGACUGUAAAUACUACCCCUCCAUGAUGGACCUGCCUGUUUUCCUCCAUGUUUGCAGGGCCCUGGCUGUCGUAUCUGUGAUCUUUGGCUUCUGGGGGGCUGUUCUUGCUCUUAUUGGGAUGAAAUGUACCAAAAUUGGAGGCUCUGAGCUCACCAACUCCAGAGUAACAUUUGCAGCAGCGUUGACAUACAUGGCAUGCGGUUUUUGUGGUAUGAUAGUGUACUCCUGGUGGGGAAAUAAAGUGCGUUCAGACUUUGUGGAUCCAUACUACUUGGAACAGAAGUUUGAACUCGGUGCAGCUCUCUUCAUCGGCUGGGGAGGUUCGUGUCUGGUUAUAUGUGGGAGUGCAGUCAUGUGCUAUUUCUCUGCGAGAAAGUCAUUCCCACGAAGGUCUGGCCCCCAGAAACUCAGGAAACCCCCAACCUACAUGACAGCACACACCAGACGGACGUACAUGCUGCCGGGCUCGUCCAGACCCACAACAGUCAUCAUCCCUCCUUCACACCAAUCAUACAGUGAGAGCAGAGGAACCAGAGCGAGUGGAGGGAGGAGAGGAAACACAAGAAAGCCAGUUUCCAAGAACUCUCAGGCCCCUUUUUUAUACCCAGAAACUCAGGAAACCCCCAACCUACAUGACAGCACACACCAGACGGACGUACAUGCUGCCGGGCUCGUCCAGACCCACAACAGUCAUCAUCCCUCCUUCACACCAAUCAUACAGUGA